AUGGAUUACAUUAGUGAAAAUGAAAGCCCUGAAAUAACUGUCGAUAAUAAAAGCUUUGAAUUAAUUAAAGAUCCUAAAAUAACUGAUAUAAAUGAAAAUUCGGAAAUAACCACUGUAAAUGAAAAUUCAGAAAUAAUCGCUAUAAAUGAAAAUUUUGAAGAAACUGCUAUAAAUGAAAGUAUACAAACAGCUACUGCUGUUAACAACAAACAUAAAAGAAACAACUUGAUUUCAUAG